CUCCUGCUGCUUUCGGCCAAUAGCAAUGGCCGGCCGCCCCUCUCCCUCCUCCCCUGCUCGUCACUUUCUCUAGGAUUGGUGGGCCCACCCUUCCCGGAGGCACGCACGGGCCGGGCUCUCGCGAGGGUAAAGGCCUUUGUUAAAGCCCGGCCACCGACUCACCUUUCUCUCUCUUCUUCACGGCGGCAAAGGUAGAGGAUGCGGGCGGCCGCCGGGGCCAAAGGAGCUUCGCGGAAGGGCCGCCCCGGGUUGCUAACAAUGUUGCUGCUUGGAAGAGGUGAACUUUGAAAAUCCGUUCGCCAAAGGAACGGGCGGGCACUGAACCCCGAAGCCGAGGGCAUCGAAGGCCUGGAAGAAGCGAAAGUCAAAAUAAGACAUUUUGCAGUAUCAGGUAGGAAAAAUACAAGCUGGGAUGAUCUGAUUCUGAGACUCCUCCAAAAAUCUUUUAAUCCACUGCUGUAUGAUGUACAAGGUGUGACCAUUACAUGAGACUAGUUUUUAUUGUCUGACUUGUGGAAGCAGAGAAGUGACCCUAGUGGAAUAUGCUUCACUUUGUAGAAAAAAAAAGUCAGGGGCCAUGAAUCCAUAUUGUAGUUGCAUAGUGUAGAAAAGCAUGCUUUCUGUUGGUAUAAAAAUGAGUGACCGUUACUUAGAACAAAGAAUUCAUAUCAAACUUUGUGUAAAAUUAAACAAAUCUGCCAGUGAGACACUUGAAAUGUUAAAAGAAGCUUAUGGGGAUGAAGUAAUGUCCAGAGCGAGAGUUUUUGACUGGCACAAAAGGUUUAAGGAAGGUAGGGUUGAUGUCCAUGAUGAUGCACGUAGUGGGCGCCCAAUUACUCACAGGACCAAUGAAAAUGUUGAAAAGGUCAGAGAUUUGGUUCGUUCAAAUAGCCGAUUAACUGUGAGAAUGAUGGCUGAACAGUUAUCUUUAGAUAAAGAGACAGUUAGACUUAUUUUGAAAGAGAAUUUGAAUAUGAGGAAAGUUUCUGGGAAGAUCGUUCCCUGUACAGUUUCAGUAGAUGCUGCUGCUGAGGGAGAGAUAAAGUAGGGGACUAUAAGUUGUCAGUUUGCAGGGUUGAUUUAACUUUCAGAGAUUUUUUCCCCCCUAUUCUGUUCAUUUCAUUGCUUAUAGAACCCUAACCUAAAAUAACCUUGACCAUCUUCAAGCCUCAUUAGGUUUUCUUGGUAUGAAAUGUGAAGGUAUAAGUGGAAGUCAUGAUGAGUUGGCAUCUCCUACUUUAUCAUAAUAGAACUAGAUUUUUUUUUAAAUACAUGAGAUGGUUUUGCCUCAUUAAGAUACAGCCCAUACAUCUGAAAGGUUAAUAACAAAUUGCUAAGAUUUGGUAGGCUGUAAGGUCUAAGACUAAUUUAUUGGGAUUAUCUAUUCCAUUAAUUUCCUUUCAUUUUAAAUUUGGUUCAAUGAAUUAGUAUAUUUUCAGUAUUGGUAAAGCAGAAAAAUUAGUUCUUAUAAAAUUGCUAUUAACCAUAGAAAUUGGCUUACAAUUUAUAUUUUAAUUGUCAAAUGUUGAUUUGAUUUUUUUUUUUUUUUUUUUUUGAACAACCAGCAGUUUUAGAAAGGGACUAGAGAGGAUCGUUGUUUUAAUGUUAUGGAUCACUGUUCUGAAAUCAUGUUGAAAGUAUUUCACAUGAAAAGGCCAAAGGACUUAAAAUCAAAUGGCAUAGAACACUAGGAAUGAUCAAGAACUUAGCAUCUCUUGGUCUUCAGGUAAAUGCUUAUACUGAAAUAUUAAUGACUUGGGAUUUUUCAUUACACCAAUGGAAUUAGUUAAUGGCCUCCCUUAAGCUUCACUAAUAGAUCAGCAGGAUUAUCUAGGGAGUAUUGGAGAACUACAUUUGGUCCACUAGGGAUUGAAGUUCACAACUUGUAAAUUGAAAAACGGUAGCAAGUAGCUGUGAGGUCAAUGAGGAAGGCAAGAUUUUAAAAAAUUAUUAAAGAGUUUAGGUAAAAGAACAAUUGGCUGUAAUCUAAAACAAACUAAUAAAUACUGUGUUUUAGCUAGAACUUGUUUUGGUCAGCAAGGUUAUUGUAUAAAGUAUACAGAUAUAACCCAUAGAUCUCUAAGGAACCACAAACUACUAUUUGACCUUUGUUAUCAGUUAAUUGCCAUUAUUUGGAUAUUUAGCUAGAUUCUAGUCUAGUCAUAUCUUCCCUUCCUGAUUUAAUGGUGCAAUACUAUGUUAUUUAUGUUACUAGUUUUUAAAAAUUUGAAACUUGAUACAGAAUUGACUUUGUUCAAGGAUUGAAACACUAACAAAGAUUUCAAGACUCUUAAACGUUUUUAACCUCUUUUAAACUUUCCUGCCCCAUAACCUCAUAAUUGCCUUCAUUUAAACCAUAAAGCAUUUGUACUUUAAUAAUUUUUGUAACAUGCAUUUUCUCCUGUUCUUUUGGCAAAAAUCAGGUUAAAGUAAAUGUUCUCUCAACUGUUGCUAACAAAACUAAAUUUGAAUAGUGCAUGUCACUAACCCUCUCUAGAUUUAAUGUGUAUCUUGAAUAAAUUAUCCCCUUGUUUACAAGCAGAUCUCUACAACAUGUGUAUCUGUAUUUUCUAUUAGACCAUAGCUAUUUUAUCAGUUUGCACUGAUGUAAUUCCCCAUAAUUUUCACAUCAUAUAUUCUGUGUAAUGAAUACUCAGCAUUUGUUUUUUCAAAUGCUUGCACAAUUUGUAAGUAUGACUAGUUGUAUUCAUGACUUAUUCAUAGUGCCUUUACUUGAAGUUUGUGCUUUUUUGUGUCAAGCCUGUUAAAUAUAAUAGAAAAAUUUGAGCUUACACACGAAUUAAAUUUUGUCAAAGUCAUUGGCUUCAGAUUUUAUCUUGUGGUCAAAGGAUGCCAAAUACAAUAAUUAUCAUUGUGAGAUUUAUUAUGAAUAAAUGAUUGAAUUUUUAGUGUUUAAUGUGUUAAAGAUACUGAGCCAGCCAUUGUAUCUUAAGGAUGACCAUUUUUUGUCAAGUAAAGAAAAAUUGUAUCAACCCAAGAGUUAGUUGUUGGAUAACUACUAUAAGUCUAUUCUGAUCAUUUGAGAUAAGUAUGACAAUCUUAUCUCUAAGCCUUCACAAAAUAGUGUUCAUUCACUACCAGCCCUAGCAGGAUAAAUGGCACUUACCUCUAGUUUCUUACAAAACAAAGCGAAUCUGGUAAGAUUAUUUUUUAAACUUAAUUACAUCUUGAGACUUAACUGGUAUUAGGUAUGACCAUUAUCCAAUCAGGUGCUUUAAUUUUGUACUAAUACAUUUCUCGUAAUCUAAACCUGUUAAAUAUCUUUAGCUCAUGGUAACAGUGUAAAACUAAUUUGUUUGGAAACUAAUUUACAUUAAGUUGUGCACUUUGUCAUAAUUAGAUGAACUUUUUUUCAUAUUUUCUUAACAUUGUUGCCUAUUCCUAGUGAUACUGUUCUUUUGUAGCUUAAAGUCUGUUGCACAGUUCCUAAAUUCACCUUUUGGGAAGGAGCAUGGAAACAAUGAAGUUGUAUUUAAUUGUAGUGAAAUAAAAAUAAAGCUCGUACAAAAACUAAA